UGACAUCAGAUACUGACGGAGAACUUCAGUUCCACAGAAAAGGUUCCAUGCUGUACCAAGAUAAGAUGUAGAGAACUUUCCUGGAGCGUCUACUCAGGUCAGGCUUCCAGAGUCUUCACAAUGCUGCCUCUAGGUAGGAUAGUCUUUGUGUUCCUGGUGGCAACAGCCAGGGGUGACGACACCGUGGCUGAUGACAUUAGCAGUCACAUGAUGGGCCGCAUCUCCGAGCUGCUCUCCCCAGAGGAAUGCCAGGCUUUCUAUGCCAAACUCCUCGGGCCCGAGGAGAACGUGAGAGAAGAGCUUGAUCGGCUUUCAGAGAAAAGGAAUCCCAUUCGGGCCCGCAGGCGCCGAGACAUCAUCAGCGUGGAGCAAUGCAAGGAGACUUUGACCCACUGGCUGCAGGCCGAGGGGGACACCAUGUACUGGGACCGCCUGUCGCGAUCCCUCCAAGCCAUCGGGCGCCCUGACGUCUCCGUCGAGUUGGGCAAGAACCUCAAUCAGGACAAGAACUUGGAGAUGAAGAAGAACGUAGAGGGGUACCAUAAGACAGUCAAGCACCUGACCUCCUCGCUCCUCCUGGAGGAGAAUGAGAUGGAUAUGAGCGGGAAGGAGGAGAGAAGCCGCCAGGGCCGGCUGCGGCGAGAGGGAGGAGACUUCAAAUCCAAGAUCAAGUCUGGAGACUGGGAUGAGCUUGAGCCCAUCACAGAGAAGAAGCCACUGCCGCCCUAUGGCAGGGGCCUCUUCGAGUGGUUCACUCCAGUGGCUGCCGGCGUCAUCGGGGGGUUCCUCACGUCCUUCAUCCUAGGGGGUCUAGCCCUCUAUUCUUUCUUUUGGAUCUUGAAGGAAGGACGUUCAGGGCCCAUGCAGCCUAACAGCAUACCUGACAUGAUUUUCCGUGCGCCCUCCCCAAGAUGUGGUGGCAUCUAUUACUCAUUCUCGCGGGUUAAUGACUCUGGGAAAUGCAAAUGUAAGCCAACAUUAUUUGAUGAUGAUGACUACAGCGACGAGGAAACCGAAGAGAAAGAAUGCAUUGUUAGGCCAUAAACAAAUGUUGAGAAGAAUCAUAAUAAAACCUGUAUUUCUGCAAUAGA